AUGCAGGGGAGGCAGGUGGAUGAACAAGGGAAGGAGGACUCUCAAACCCCUGAAAGACUAAGGGUGAUGGAGGCGUCGAUGGAGUAUAUGUUCAAGAAAUGGUCAAUGGCAUGGGGGGCCCGAGUGAGGAGCGAAGAGGAAGCAAGCACUAGGUAUUCCUUGCCUUCUCCCCCCCCCCUGCGGCGCCACCGCUGGAGAGAGGCAGGAGACAGCACAGGGCAGAGGCGAGACCUCCCAGAGUUAGGCUCGCAAAAUCCCUGCCUCGAGAUCGGAGAUCCCCAGCAAGCAGGGGUGCGAGUGGGCGACCAGAUGUGUCAACGGGUUCUCUUGCAACGCAGCGCCGGCCGUGUCUCCCCCAAGAGGAGACGAUUUCGCGAGACUUCGGAAGUCUCGGGACAAGGCGGAGAGCGUGCCCGUUUCCUAGCGACGGCCACGGGGAUCUUGAACGAGGAAGUCGUGGCGCGCGGGGAAGCUUACGCGGGGAGGGAAGUGCAACCGCAGCAGGAUCGGCGGUUUACUGUCAUGGAUCUCAAACACCAGGCUGCAGAAUAUUACCGGAGCAAUGAAGUACCGCAGCGCCUGGAGGAAGUGCUGAACACCAUGUUCUACCAGCGUCCCGCAGACCUCUACGGGUAUCUGGCAAACUUCUUCGCUAAAUUAUCAAAACCUCCAGUGAUAUGCAAAUUAGAUGCUAAAAGUGUGCUAGAUGGAAUUGGUCGACCAACAUUAGAAGUUGAAGUCUUUUGCCGAAUUAGGGAAUGUGACAAGAUGAUUUGUUCCAGCAUGAUCUCGUCUCAUGGUGAAAUUCUUGAAAAUGCUUCACUGGAAGCAAUUGAUGCAGAUGAAAAGGAAAGAUAUGAAUCUUUGAAUAUAGCAGUUGAAUGGAUAAAUGAAUCACUGAAUGAAAUGCUCAGAGGCCUUCAACCUAGUGACCAACAAAACAUAGAUGAGUUAUUAGGUGAUUAUUUUACAAAGAAAUAUGAAGAAGACAAAGAAAGAACAGGAGCUACAAAAGAAAAAGAAAGUCAAGAAGCAAUGACACCUGCUUCUUCACUGGCCACAGCACCUCCUGGGAAAAAGAAACCAAACAAACCAGGCAAAAAACCUUCUGUGAUAGAAAAGCCAAUACCCCCAGCAGAACUCCCUGAACCUGUCCUUAUGGGCAGUUUGGCUAUUGGAUGUACAUCACUUGCGAUUGCCAAGACUGCCGCCAUUAUUCAUGACAUACCUUUGUACUCAUACAUUGCUUUGCUGAAACAUAAUCAGGAGAUGCCAAAAGAACUGGUUGUGCCAUUACCAAUGAUAACAGUUUUGAGUUGCGGCAAAUCAUCACCUGGAAAACUGAAUUUAAUGAAAGAAGUGAUGCUUAUCCCUCCUGCUUGGUUAACAGUUAAACAAGCUAUAAAAAGAUGUAUGGAUAUUCAGAAACAGAUGUUGAAAUUGAUAGAAGCAAUGAGUAAAGCGCCUGGUUCUGCACUAGAUGGCAAAAAAGCUGCUUCACGAGAUGCAGGGAAAAAGACUCCGCUUCUUGUUCCUAAAAAAGUGUCCCAUUUAGGCUGUCUAGUAAUGGGAUAUGAAAGUCCAGAACAACCGCUAAUCUUGAUCCAAUCAGCAUGCACAAAUCUUUCCUUGGAAUUAGGAAUAGAUAUAUAUUUAGGGAUAAAUUGUGCUGCUCAUGAACUAAUGGACUAUAAUAAAGGAAAAUAUGAAGUAAUUGUUGGGACACAUAAAUCUGCUGAUGAAAUGUUGGAUAUGUAUCUAGAACUGAUUAAGAAAUUCCCUUCUAUUAUAACAUUAAUCGAUCCAGUGAGAAAAGAGGACAGCUCACAAUGGAUCCACCUGUUGAAUGUUUUGGGUUCUAAAUGUUAUUUAAUUGCAGAAGACUCAUGCAGGAAUAUGACUAAACUUCUGGGUUCUAAAAAAACCAAUAUGCCAAAAUGCAGUGGACUUGUCAUAAAACAUACCAAUGAAACUAAAAUUUUGGACCUUGUACAAAUGACCCAGCGAUUAGAUGGUCGGAGGCAACUUUCCAUCUUAGGAAGUCCAGAUGGAGAAUCUUCUGAUGAUAGUCUUGCAGAUCUGGCUGUUGGACUGGGAACCAAAUUCAUCAAACUGGGAGGUCUUUCCCGUGGAGAGAGGAUAGCCAAAUACAAUCGACUUCUUGCGAUAGAGGAAGAACUGAACAAGAAUGGAGGGCUUUGUGAAAGAGAUGAGCACGAAUUCAUCUAUUAUACUGAAGAGGAAGAAGAGGAGGAGGAAGAAUUUGAUUAUACUGAUUCCACUUCAGGGAGUAGGCAACCUGCAGUCUAGAAAUUAAUCAGAAUUGGCAUUGGUUGAUUCAGACUAACUCUGGAAUUCUUCUUUUGGGAAUGCAUUGUGUCUUCCCCAAGAUAGCAGCUGGGAUAAAAAUGUAAAUUUAUUUGUCUUACUAUCGUUCAACAUUUAUUUUAUUGAAACGACUUGUAUUUUGUCUUCCUGUUGCUCAGUGUUCAGGACAAUGACUGAAUGUUUCCUCCAUUAAAUCCCACUUGCUUCCAUGUUUUAUUUUACACAGAUAAGGGUGUCUUGUGAAAUUUCUUUCACUAGGAGAAACUAACAAUAUACAGUAUAUUAUGGAACUGAUUAUAAAAACAAUAAUCCAUUAAAUUCCACUUCUAAAUGUAAUCAGCAAUCAAUCUUGAUGCAGGGUUCUGUCAUGAAAUUCUUUAUUCCAAAUUUGCAUCAUCUUAAUAAUUGACAAUAAAAAAAACCCAACACAUCUUCAGGCUGGUGUUGUUUCAGUUAACAAGCAACCAACUGAAACAUAAAUUGAGACUAAUUUUUCUUAGGAAAUUAAAAUUAUAUGAAAGGCUGAGAACAGUGUUUCUCAACCAGUAGUAUGAGUACCAACAAGUGGUUUGCAGAAUUAGUGUAGAUGGGACAUGAUUCCCCUCCCUUAAUUGUGAUAUAGCACAUGACAGGACAGCAGAGGACUGAACCUCCCAUCUCGAGUGAGGGAACUCGGCAUUCCAGCAGAGUGAGAAUCAAAGGUUUAUCUUAGUAGUCAAAAUAAAACAUUUUGCACUAAUUAUUCCUCUCUCAUUGUUUCAACAUUAGCUGUCGUUCAGUUAUAGCAGCAAUACCAACAGUACUGUUCUAAUUUUGUAGAGCCUUACAAUUUACCAUAAACUAUAAAUUGAGAGCCUGUAAAGCUGUGUAUGUCCUUCUUGGAAAAGGUGGGAAGGGGGGUUGUUUCCAUCUUAGUGGGCCUUAAGAUAACAAAGGAUUGGGAACCAUUGCUAUAGUAAUCAUUUCUUGGUGCUGGUGCUCAUUGGAAAAGGAAUAAUUCUCUUUACUAAGUUUCAUAUUAAUUUC